GCUUAUGAGAAAUGCAAGUGUCGAUUUUCGUGGGUGAAGCAUUAUUAUUUUUGCGUUUAAAUUGAGUUUAAUUGAGAAUCGCUAAUGAGUGAACUAAGUGCGUGUUUUUUUUCAUGUAAACGAAAUGUGCUCGAAUUUAAAUGUAACUUUGAUAGUGUAAACAUUCGUGGCAGCGCAUGCGACCGGCAUUUGAAUAAAGAAUGUCAUUUUUGCAAAGAAUAAAAGCAGGUGCAAUGUUUAAAUUAGUGUUAUGUAAGUGCAUACUCAUUACGACUUAAAUAUUCUUAUUGUCAAAAGAGGGUAUUGCAUAUGUUGUAUAAAUAAACGUGGAAAAUAAGCACGUGCAUAGAUAUGUGUGUGUGUAUAUAUGCGAAUAUUAUUGUUUGGGGCCAAUUCGUAUACCCGUAUGCUGCUGUUCUAGAAACGUCCGAGACAUACAUAUGUAUGUAUGUAUGUAUGUAUAUAUACACUUGUAGUUACCAAUGCCAUAUAAUUUUAUUCAGUGCAGCUCUCAUGUGCAUGCAGGCAACAGUGCUGUGUGGCUUGGAAUCGGUUUUAAUGAAAUGCCAACGCGGCGAAUGCGCAAUGCAAGGAUUAAAGACGAAGCGUCAACAAAACUGGCCCCAGCUGCGAUGCCAGAGCUUUAUGUUAAACAGCAGAAAGCAAAAGGCGACGUCUUAUACCAAAUAUAAUGAAAAUUGAAAGAAUAUUUUGUACAUAGAAGUGAAACGCUAGAGAUAUCUGUCUGCCCCAAAAUAACAGUUGGGAAAAAACUAAUCGUUCUUUUGGAUGUGAAUUUUUGGCCAUGUUGCCAUAAAGAAUACUUCACGAGAGGUCAUGAAAUGAAAUUGUCUGUCUCCAGCAAAUAGAUGGCAAUAAAAUAGUUCUGUGUGCGUAUGUGAAUGUUCAGCAAACAAAUAAUAAAAUAAAAUAAGAAAAUAGCAGAAAGCAGCACAGAGAACGCAUAUAAGGAACAAACGGAGCAGGACGAAGCACAAGAAGGCGAGAAGGCAGCUGGGUGGCAGCGAUAGCAGAAUGUCAAAAUGCCAUCGGCAGAUCAAAUCUUGUUCAUAAAUGUCACCACAACGGUGGCCGCGGCAGCGCUGACAGCUGCUGCAGCCGUCAACAGCACGCCAGAGGCAUCCACAGCGGCAGCAGCAGCAAAGGCGGCAUCGGCGCCAGCAACGGGCAACGGACGCAGUGCAGCCACAGUGGACACAGCAGCGGCAGCGGCAUCCACAACAACAGCCGCCCUGGCGGCCAAUUUAUCGGGCUCGCUGGUGGACAGCCUGACAACGGCAACUGCCACAGCGACGGCAACGGCGACGGCGACAGCUGCAACAAUUGUGGAGACAACGCAUGAAUGUGGCGCCCUGGCGGCGGAGGAGCUGCAAGGCAGCUUUCUGGGCGUGCAGCUGGCGGUGCCAGAAUGGGAGGCGCUGCUCACCGCACUGGUGCUCUCCAUCAUCAUAGUGCUGACCAUUAUUGGCAACAUUCUGGUCAUACUGAGCGUCUUCACCUACAAGCCGCUGCGCAUUGUCCAGAACUUUUUCAUUGUCUCGCUGGCCGUGGCGGAUUUAACGGUGGCUCUGCUGGUGCUGCCAUUCAAUGUGGCCUACUCCAUACUGGGUCGCUGGGAGUUUGGCAUACAUUUGUGCAAGCUUUGGCUAACCUGCGAUGUGCUCUGCUGCACCUCAUCCAUAUUGAAUCUGUGCGCCAUUGCACUGGAUCGCUAUUGGGCCAUCACCGAUCCGAUUAACUAUGCCCAGAAGCGGACGGUGGGUCGUGUCCUGCUGCUAAUCUCGGGGGUGUGGCUGCUGUCGCUGCUGAUUAGCAGCCCACCGCUAAUUGGCUGGAACGAUUGGCCGGAUGAGUUUACCAGCGCCACGCCCUGUGAGCUAACCUCGCAGCGCGGCUAUGUCAUCUACUCAUCGCUGGGCUCGUUCUUCAUACCGCUGAUCAUCAUGACCAUUGUGUACAUCGAGAUCUUUGUGGCCACGCGACGCCGUCUGCGUGAGCGCGCCAAGGCGAACAAAUUAAACACCAUCGCAUUGAAGUCCACAGAGCUGGAGGCCAUCAAUACUAGCGGUGCGGCGGCAGCAGGUGGCAGCUCGACCAGCUCCAAGGCGCGCGCCUUGGGCAGCCUGUGCAGCAGUUGGCUCUGCUGUGGACGGGAUCGCGCCAACUUUGCCACGCCCAUGAUACACAACGAUCAGGAGAGCCUCAGCAGCGAGACACACGCACAGCCCGAGCCGAACAAGGAGCAACAGCAGCAGCAGCAGCAGCAACAGCAGCAGCAUGUUGUCGUGCUGGUCAAAAAGUCGCGUCGUGCCAAGAUCAAGGACUCCAUUAAGCACGGCAAGGGGCGCAGUGGUCGUCGUUCUCAGUCAUCCUCGUCGACGUGCGAGCCGCACGGGGAGCAACAGUUGCUGCCACAAGCCAACAGCAACAAUGCCAGCAACGCCGCCAAAUCGGAUCCAGAGAUAAGCACAGAGAGCGGCAGCGAUCCCAAAGGUUGCAUACAGGUUUGCGUGACCCAGGCCGAGGAGCAAACCUCGCUGAAGCUAACACCACCACAGUCGUCGUCGACAGGCGCAACGGCUGCUGCCCCGGCGCUGCAGAAGAAGCCGAGCACCGUUAAUCAGUUCAUCGAGGAGAAGCAGAAGAUCUCGCUGUCCAAGGAGCGGCGAGCGGCCCGCACACUGGGCAUCAUCAUGGGCGUCUUUGUCAUCUGCUGGCUGCCAUUCUUUCUGAUGUACGUGAUCUUGCCAUUCUGCCAGAGCUGUUGUCCCACAAACAAGUUCAAGAACUUCAUCACCUGGCUGGGUUAUAUUAACUCUGGCCUGAAUCCGGUCAUCUAUACGAUAUUCAACUUGGACUAUAGACGCGCAUUCAAAAGACUGUUGGGCAUCAACUGAUACGCUGAUCUUGGCAAAUCUAGGCGGCAGCAGCAGCAGCAAAGGGAGAGCGUUAGUCAAAGUUUGUGCCAAAAGUUAAUCUGAUUUGGGAUGAUGUGGAAACACCUGACGAAAUACUAAAAAAAAAAAACGAUAUGGUUUCACUCAUUUGUAUAAAGAUCUCGAGUUUUCAUCUAAACUAAUAUGCAAUUUAUAAAUAUAUUGACAAUUUUAAGCAAUUUCUAAAAGCUACGUGUUAAAAUAGUUUUCUUAGACUUUAACUAUUUAUUUGUGUUAAGAGCUUCUCGUUAAUUAUUUAUUUAUAUGUCGAGCGACUCUCGCUUAAAAUAAGUCUCUUACUUUUGUCAGGUGUUUCUGCCAUUGGAUGGGGCAUACCUGGCCGUAAUUAGAUAAAUCUAAACUGUUAAAUAUACUCAUCAAAUAAAUAUAAAAUGACAAA